AUGGUUAGAAGUCAGUUGUUGCAUUGGCAAAUAAUCUAUCUCAUUUGCAGCUGUUUUUGGACAGAUCGUGUUAUAGCUAAUCUAUACUAUCCGAACUUUUCGAGGCUAUCUGAAAACAAAGUAGAUAAUGAACGAACUCCUUGUGGUACAAAUGAAGUACCAUAUUUUCGGUCAAUCAGAUCACCAAUAUUAAUUAAUAAUGAGGAUUACGAUAGUUUUGCUUACCCAUUAUCGUCUCGUUCAGCUGCAAUGAUAUCAGGACGAGGAUUUCGGCCUGGUAAACGAUUUAAUCAAAAUACUGCGAUGAUGUGA